CUUCCAAACUCUUGGUGUGGCAUAUCGAACGAGGUCAUUGAGAUUUUCGGCCGGCUAUUGGCCCUCUGUCGAAACACGUGCGAUUACAAACAAGAUCAGACAACCACUGGCCUCAAAAUAGCAAGCAAGGCCCUUUGCGACAUAGCAGUCGCUCGCGAGCUCGAGAAAGAGCUUUUGAGUGUGGACUUUAAGACUAUCGUGCUUCUAGAGGAGCCGCAAGACUUUGAUGUCGAUACACGGGAUCAUAACGCCCCCGUGUCUCAUCUACUAGAAACAGCCGAGGCAUAUCGUAAAGCUGGGUUGCUGCAGCUGUACCUGACCUUUGAUGAUCUUGUCGUCAACGCAAGCGGUGGAUAA